AUGAUUGUAAAGAAACAGAACAGGAGAUUCACACUGAUGGCAGUGGGAGAGAAGGGGUCUGGAAGGUCGUCGUUCUUCAACACUCUGAUUGGAAAGCAAAUAAUUUCAUCAAAGAAACAGGAGGAGAUUGACUUGUACAUGCUGAAUCUUGACUGCGAAGGGGUUUCUCAGAGGAUGACUCUGAUAGACAUGCCAGGAUUUGGAGAGACGCUCGAUGACUCUGGGCUUCAGGAAACCAUAUGUGACUUUAUCAAGGCACAGCUUGACAUGUUUAUUGCGGAGGAAUCCAAGAUCCGGAGGAAUCCAAAGUAUGAAGACACAAGGGUGCAUUGCAUGCUUUACUUCGUUCCAUCGACGUCUUCAGGAUUGAAGGACAAGGACAUAAUGUUUUUGAAAAAGGUUUCUGGGCUUGUGAAUAUCAUUCCUGUGAUCAGUAAGGCGGAUGGGCUAAGUGUUCUUGAAAGAGCCGAGAUGAAGGAGAGGGUGACUGAGCAAAUGAAGUAUUAUGGCAUUGAAAUGUUUGAUCUGGACGAUCCAGACCUAUGUGCUACACCAUCAGUUGCGAACAAUCUGAACAGGCUGGUUCCGUUCCUCAUCAUAUCAGCAAACAAGGCAAGCCCGGAGCUCAGAGUAAAGAGCUGCAAGUGGGGAGAUAUAAACAUAGAUAACUCGUCGCAUUGUGAUGUUGCUGCGCUCAGGGAGUUGCUACUUAGCACGCACAUCAAUGGGUUGAUAGACUACACUGCAAGCGAAAUCUAUGAGAGCUACAGGGCUACUGUGCUUGAGAGUGGAAUUAGAAAAUAG